CCUCAUUGACGCAGAUCCUUACCUCACUCAUAUUCCUAAGAUCUCCGGAUGGAUGAAUCCAUGAGGUAGGAACACUGGUUCCCCACUUGGUCUUAGUCCCUACUCCCUUUUUAAUGCCGAGUCUCUUGCACCACUCCAGAAGACUUCCAGACUACCUUUAAACUUCAACCCCCACUUCUUUUUUCUUUCUCCUCAUAUUUAAUUGUGUAUAUCACUUACCUUCAUAAUUAAUUAAUUUAUAUAUAUAAUAUUUUUAUGGAGAAACGAAUAAAUUAAAGAAGCCCGGCAGCAGCAGGAGGACUCCCAUUUGAUUCUUCUUCUCCAACCCGUUUUCGGCUUAUCAACCGAUCGAUCACAGUAUAUCAUGUGGAAGCACCGGGAAAAUUAUGUCAUGGACACCUCUGCCGGGGACGACGACGAUCAUCAUGAUAAUCAUUAUCAUCAUCAUCAUGAUCGUGUGUCUCCCUCAUCAAUAUCAUCCGGCCAAGAUCAGAAACGUGUGGUGGACGAGAUGGACUUCUUCGCCCGGAAAAGUUGCUCCCCAGAUGCCUCUGCUGAUCACGCGAACAAAGAUACUGCUCAUCAUCACGAUCAUGACGAUGAUGAUCAUCUCGCACAUGGGAUCGAACUCAACUUAAACACUGGUUUGAAUCUGCUGUCGGUGAACACCGGAAGCGACAAAUCAACCGUGGAUGAUGGAACAUCGUCGCCUGCCGCGAUUGAAGAUAAGCAAGCCAGAAACAAGUUGGGAGUUCUGCGAGUAGAGCUGGACCGGAUGAAAGCAGAAAAUCAACGUUUAAAAUGCAUGCUCAAUCAGAUUAACAACAAGUACUAUGCUCUGCAAAUGCAACUCGCACUCUUGCAGCGCCAACAAAAUCAGAAAACCCAGAUCCCACAGACAAAACAAGAAGUCGUUGUUCCCCGACAAUUCAUGGAUCUUGGUCAAAUCGCUGUUGCUGAAAAAGAUGAGCCCGAGCCCGUAUCGCAAUCUUUAUCGGAAGCGAGAUCACGGGAUUGCUGCGGACCGUCGCGGCCUCAUGAUGAUCAGAUCAAUGGGGAUAAAGAGGGUUUGAUGAUUGAGGGCAAGACCCGAAAGCGGAGCAGCAGUACUGUUGAUCAAAUCAAUAUUCCGUUCGACACCAAGUGUAGGGCUGAACAGGGUACGGAUGAUGAAAGUAGUAGUGGAACAGAAAAGAGGAUAUUACUGUACCAGGAUGAGGAAAAGUUUCGAGACUGGCUCCCAAACAAAGUUCAAAGAUUUAAUAAUCCGGCUGGAGAUGCCAAUCAAGCUACUGCUGACCAAAUCCGCAUGAUGAGAAAAGCCCGCGUCUCGGUUCGAGCUCGAUCCGAGGCUGCCAUGAUAUCGGAUGGAUGCCAAUGGAGAAAGUACGGGCAGAAGAUGGCAAAGGGAAACCCUUGCCCUCGAGCUUACUAUCGUUGCACAAUGGCCACGGCCUGUCCCGUCCGCAAACAAGUUCAAAGAUGUGCAGAAGACCGAACGGUGCUAGUAACUACAUAUGAAGGGCACCACAACCACCCGCUCCCUCCAGCCGCUGCGGCGAUGGCAUCGACCACAUCGGCUGCAGCUUCAAUGCUGCUCUCCGGUUCACUCCCAGCCUCUGGUCCAGACCAUGGCCUAAUGAAGUACUCCCCAAACAUCUCAAGCAUCCUCCCGGCCGCUUGCUCCCCCACCUUGGCUUCCAUUUCCGCCUCCGCGCCCUUUCCUACAGUGACAUUGGACCUCACCCGGAAGCCGCCACCGCCAACGUUGCAGAAGCCGCCAGGCCAUUGCCCGAGCACCUAUGUGCACCAGAGUUUUUCGUCAUUGGCGCAGGUUUUCAGCUCUCAGCUAGGGAAGGAACUGGCUCAAAAACUGCCCAUUAAUGGCACUCAAGCUCAGAAGCCUGCUGACACGGUGAGCGCAGCGACGGCAGCCAUCACGGCGGAUCCUAACUUCACAGCGGCUCUGGUGGCAGCGAUGACCUCCAUUAUCGGCGGUGCUGAUCACACAUCCAACAGUAAUGUGUAGUGUAGCUUACAAAACAAUAAUAAUAAUAAUAAUAAAAUAACAAGAGUUGCGACAUCAUAUGG